AUGAUGUGGUCCACUGUCUUUACCAUUAUUUUGUUUUCUGGGGCAGCUGUGGGUAGAACUCUUCACGGUGGACGCAUUGUCAACGGAAACAAUACGAGGAUAGAAAAUUACCCAUUCUUGGUCCAAGUCGAUGUCUUCCAGUCGUAUGGUGAUUGGUGGCCCAGCUGUUCGGCCAAUAUUUUAAAGGUCAACUGGCUUUUGUCUGCUGCACAUUGCUUCGAGGGAAGAGAUUACAAACCAGAACACAGGAGAAUCAGAGCUGGAACCACUUUCAAGGGUACAGGUGGAGUGAUCCGUUAUGUUGAUUACGACAUAAAACAUCCAGACUACCGCGUCGCUGCGAGAUACGACGCAGACAUCAAUGUGGUGAAACUCCUGGAACCGCUGCUGUACAGCCCCGUCAUACAGAAGGCAACCAUAAAUGUCGCUGGAAACCAUUUACCUAAUAACAUACCCGUAAUAUACGCUGGCUGGGGCAGGACAGAUUUCUUCGGAGGUCAACCUUACAUCCUUCAGCACGUGUCUGUUUACACAGUGGACAACGCAAUGUGCGCUGAAUACUAUCGCAAGCAUAAUAGAAGUGAUUAUACGGUCACACCCAACAUGAUCUGCGCUGGUUUAUGGGAAGAGGGUGGAAAAGACGCUUGCACUGGUGAUUCUGGUGGGCCGUUAUAUACCGGAGGCGUCGUCGUCGGUAUUGUGUCGUGGGGUCAUCUAUGCGCGGAGCCCUUCAACCCUGGCGUUGCGACCGACGUUGCUUCUUACACUGACUGGAUCGUAAAAACUGCUCGAUGA